GCCAGCCGGAGAAGUGAAAGACAGAACAGCACCAUGUCAGAGAACACAUACGACGUGAUAGUCAUCGGGGGAGGCAUUUCAGGUCUGUCAGCAGCCAAGCUGUUGAAGGAGCAGGGCCUGAGUCCUGUAGUGCUGGAGGCCAGAGACAGAGUUGGGGGCAGGACCUUCACCGAGAGGAACCAAGAGACCAAAUGGGUGGAUCUGGGAGGAGCUUACAUUGGGCCGACACAGAACCGGAUCCUGCGGCUGGCCAAGGAGUAUGGGAUCGAGACCUACAAAGUCAACGAGAAGGAGAACCUGGCUCACUAUGUCAAGGGGAAGACCUAUCCAUUCAAAGGCCCAUUCCCCCCUAUGUGGAAUCCUCUGGCCCUCAUGGACUACAACAACCUCUGGAGAACUAUGGAUGAGAUGGGAGCGGAGAUUCCAAGAGAGGCUCCAUGGCGAGCACCCCAUGCUGAGGAGUGGGACAAGAUGACCAUGCAGGAACUCUUCAACAAGAUCCUCUGGACAAAUGUGGCACGGCAGUUUGCCAAACUCUUUGUGAACGUGAACGUGACCUCUGAACCCCAUGAGGUGUCGGCCCUCUGGUUCCUCUGGUACGUCAAACAGUGUGGGGGGACCAUGAGGAUCUUCUCCACCACCAAUGGAGGCCAGGAGCGCAAGUUUAUGGGCGGCUCCAGUCAGAUCAGUGAGGGCAUGCAGAGAGAGCUGGGGGACCGGGUGAAGCUGGAGACCCCCGUGUACAGCAUCGACCAGACCGGAGACCAGGUGGAGGUCAAGACGCUCACCGGAGAGACAUACAAGAGUAAGUAUGUUAUCCUGGCCAUCCCGCCGAGCCUGAACAUGAAGAUCCACUUCACCCCGGAGCUGCCGCCCCUGAGGAACCAGCUGAUCAGCAGGGUGCCCCUGGGCUCCGUCAUCAAGUGCAUGAUGUACUACCGCGAGGCCUUCUGGAAGACCAAAGGCUACUGUGGCAGCAUGGUGAUUGAGGACGAGGAAACUCCUAUUGGUCUGACGCUGGACGACACCAAGCCUGACGGCAGUAAACCCUGCAUCAUGGGAUUUAUCCUGGCACGGAAAUGCAGGAAGCUUUGCGUCUUGACUAAAGAAGAGAGGAAGAAGAUGAUCUGUGACAUCUACUCCAAAGUGCUGUGCACCGAGGAGGCUUUGCAUCCUGUGCACUAUGAGGAGAAGAACUGGUGUGAGGAGGAGUACUCUGGAGGCUGCUACACGGCCUACUUCCCCCCAGGGAUCCUCACCCAGUUCGGCAGGGUCCUGCGUGAGCCGGUGAACAGGCUGUACUUCGCGGGCACUGAGACGGCCACGGAGUGGAGUGGCUACAUGGAGGGGGCCGUGCAGGCAGGAGAGAGAGCUGCCCGGGAGAUCAUGUGUACCAUGGGUAAGAUCUCUCCUAACCAGAUCUGGAAACCAGAACCUGAGUCUGUGGAUGUCCCUGCUCUGCCGUUCGUCACCACGUUCUGGGAGAGGAACCUGCCCUCCGUGGGCGGCUUUCUCAAGUUCAUGGGCGUGUCCACCGUCCUGUCUGUCGUCGCGGCGACGACUCUGAUAGCCUAUAAGAAGGGACUCUUCCCCAGGACCUAAAAAAAAAGUCGCUUCUCCUCCGACACACCUCCACCUGUGGUCUCUCCUCCUCAUCACUCGAUCACCACGACAGUCUUGUAAACUUAAUUCCCCCCCCCAUCCCCCCAUGAUCACUGAUCACUGAUCCGCUUCAUAUUGCCAUGGCGAAAAAAAAUGUGCUGCUUCGUUUAAUCAAAACGAAAUUGUAACAGGGCGAGAUAGAGGCGUAUGGAGAGUGCUGACACAGGGCUAAAGAGAGAUAAGGAGUGUAUCUGUCGGGGAUUGGCAUUGAUUUGAGGGAUUGCACUGUCAGGAAGUUCCAAAGGGCCUCGAUACGCAGCCAGAGGGAGACAUAUUCGCCGGAUGUAAAUUAACCCUUUCCAGUACCAUCAGGGAGCCAACUUAGGGACCCGAUGACACUAACAUUCCACAUCCUUAUAAUUAUUUAGCAAAUGUGCAUCGACUGUUGGGGGGGGGGGAAAGAUAAUCGUAUCGUAAUUUGUGUGUGCACACAAAGUAUGUGUAUGUGCGUACAGGGUCUCAUACUUACGUUACUCAUGUAAACGUGUGUACGCGCACACACACAUCAUGUGUUAUGUAAGUGUGUGUGUGUGUGUGUGUGUGUGUGUGUGUGUGACAGACUAUAAUAGUAUAAUGGAUUACCUCUCCUAUACAUCUGGUGCUUUACAUCCCUAGAGUGAUGGUCAGCAGCUUUGUGUGAAAGAUGGAUCCUUCCUUAACAUGAGGCUGUUGUAUGAAGUAAACCUGGCAACAGACUGCAGAAGUGCUCUCUGUGGGAGGUUUCAGUCAUACCAUGUGUUUGACAUCGUAAGUCUGUCAUUUGUACCAGAAAUCUAUGGAAACAGUUGAAUGUAUUAUUGAUUUGUUAUCAAAUUAGAUGUUGAAUUUUAUUGUAUUUUUUAUCAUUGACAUCAGAUGGUGUGUGUGUGUGUGUGUGUGUGUGUGUGUGUGUGUGUGUGUGUGUGUGUGUGUUUGAGAUGUACUGUAUGCAUGACCUCAUUGCCCACACAGAUCCUAUGUCUACCCCUCCCUGUGUGAAAAUGUGAUCAUACAGUUAGCUUGUGUCCUUUGUCGUUUGAGAUUCUGCACAAGUGUUUCAAUGCCAGAUGUAAUGUUUAAUGUUAAGCACACUUCAUGAUUUCUCAACCAGAGAUUAAACAGAGAUUACAUUUAAAAAAAAAAAAAAAUCAUUUAAGAGUAUUGCUAGGGGGUAUUGAAAACGGCUUAAUGGCUUUCAGAAACACGAUGGUUGACGAAAGCGGCAUAUCAUCAAACACUUCCAUUUUGCCAUCCACCCUUGUUUGAGUUUGUCUAUAUCCCUGCACAUUUUAUGUAUGAUUAUGAUCAAAAGUCAAAUACUUUGUUGCAAGCUUAAUUUGAUGUAUUAUGAAGGCUACUGUUCUUAUUAUAUGGGAUGGAUUUAUGACAUAUGAUGACUGAUCCGUGUCUCACAUGUUGCAUGUUCUGUGGAUGAUCAUCCUGUUUUGUUUGAUUUUGCCCACAUGUUCUACAUCUGCAUUAGUAAAAGGGAAAUGCCAGGGGUGGAAUACAUUGGCACAUUGACCACGAACUAUGUGUGUCCACCCUCUGUCUCAAACCCAGAACUGUUCUGUUUGAUUCAGAACAUGCCAUUUAAAGUCUUAUAUACCAGAGCAUACCAGGCUGGAGAGAGGAUAUAUAUAUAUAUAUAUACAGUAUAUAAAGAUGUUUAUGUUAAAUAAUUAGUGAGGACGCAAAGAUAGGAUUAAAUAAAUCAAAUGAUGUUAACUACGCAGUACCUGUCCAACCCCCAUGUGUAUGGAAUGUAAGUGGGUUGUGUGAUUGUAACCCAAAGCGAUACCGUGUGUGUGUGUGUGUGUGAGUGUGUGUGUGUAGUAUGUGGUGCCUUACUCUGGUCAUGGUGUUUCCAUUUUUCUCAAGUGCCUCUGUGACUGUGCUGAUGUUGCCCUCUCACUAUAAAUGUCUGCAUCCCAUUCAUUCCUUUGGCUCAGAGUGGAACAUUUGUGUCUUUGUGCACUACAAAGUUGUGUUAAAGGGGUUUUUGUUUGUGCUUGUGUGUGUGUGUGUGUGUGUGUGUUUUAGACUUCCCUUAUUAUCAUUCUGAUACUGACUUUCUCCUGCUCAUCAAAUUCUAAUGAAAGUAUAAUGAAAGGUAAUACUCAGUGUUGUCUCAGUAUUGUCAGUAAUGGGGAAUUCACUGUGCAUCAUGUGUACCUUAUUGAAUCAUUUGAGAUGCUGGAUAUACCCACCUGCUGCUUGUUGGCUUGUGUUGGCUCCUGGGUUCUGUUUUUGUGCCACCUGCUGGUGAAGGUUGUGAACUACCGACAUAUCUCAGUCUCUCCUCGCGAGCAGUUCAGGACAUGUUUCACAAAGGUGUCUUGAGCAGCUACCUUAUUCCAGUAAAUGGCAGAGGUGCUUUAAUUUCAAACACACUUUUUCUACAGUUAUCCCAACGUCAGUUUUGGGAAAUUACAGUCCAGUUCAAUUAGCUGACCUUGAAUAUCCAUAAUUUCAAAUCAUUUGAUAUCAUACAGUUUCCUGAUACAUUCAUACUCCCAACACUCCUACUGUCUCAUGGACAUUCACAACAUGCCAUAAAGAUCCCUCAGCUUGUGCAUGUACCAGUUCAUUAUUGUUUUGAUGCUAUGGUGACCCUAGAAUUGAAUAGUGGAAGUCUUUCAUUGUGAUCGACUGUAAACUGUGUCAAACAGUAAUGACUGUUUUGUGCAUAUUGUGCUUUCAAAACUCUUGGAUCCAGUGAUUGAGUGAGUGAGAGUGCGUGCGUGUGCGUUAGUGCGUGCGUGCGUGCGUGCGUGCGUGCGUGCAUGUGUGCAUGCGUGCACGUGUGUGUGUGUGUGUGCGCGCGUGUGUGUGUGUGUGUGUGCGCACGCAAGAGAGACAGAGAGAGAGAAAUCCCCUGCUCUUGAAAUGGCCUCUCCUGUGCUGUUAUUGCCCGUAGUCCAAAGAGGCCACAUUGGCACUCGUUCCCCUGCGCGUCCUCCUCAGAUAGGAAAAGAGCUUGGUUCCCCUCAUCAAAGUGCUGUGUGCAAAUCUGUGUGAAGUUCUUGUCCCGUAAGUGCAUUCUUUGAUCUCUUUGUAUGAAGACGAUAACAAAAAAUCCAUUAAAAAAUAAAACAAAAUGUGAACCAUA